AUGAUGCACCCUUGGAAAGAGCCCCCUACUGUCCGACUGACGUCUCCCACUAGGGGCUGCGAGCGUGUGAAGCUAAGCCUUACGGGUGGCGGACUUAGCAGUGGCACAGCACUUGGCGGAAAAAGCGGACGCUGUAGUGGUCCCGUGCCGCCAACAGAUUCAGGGCACGAACAAAUGAGCCAAUCCAAGGGGCAAAAUCGAUCCAGGACCCUCACGUCGCUUCCCACAUUGCUUGGCGGCGCUCCUAGUGUCGUAAGACUAAUGUCUUCGAGCUGCACCGAGCACUUUGGAUUGGAGGGUACUAAGUCCAAGGCGACCAUGCCUUUUAGAACAGAUAAUAAGCGAGAAACUGGCGAUCUUGCAGCAGAUGGAGAACAAGUUGGCCUUGAGACACGCCAGAAUGGGCCUCUAAAUCGGGAAUCGGUUGCAAUCGAAAACCAGGAACCUGGGAGAUCUGUGGAAAGCGAUGAGCAGGUUGCAACUGCGGCAACCAACACGGACUUUCCCCUGAGGCCGCCGUGGGCUGCCGUCCAUAUUGGUUCCCAUGAUCUAUCGUUGUGCCCCCCCCAACCCAGGAGGAUAGUUCCUGCUGCACCAGCUGCGGCCGUGUCAUUUAUGGCAACACCCCAGCGCUUGGAGAAGCGAGGCUCUUCUUUGGCCUCACGUGUUUCAGUUGUACCUCGCAGGCGCACCUUCACCACCUUCCGCGAAUGGCUGGCGGAAGAUCAUCGUCAUUCCCGUAAAGCUUGGGGGCCAAGCGGACAGUUCCCUGCUCGCCGCGGCCUAAGCCACAGCGCCACCACAGAGCGUUCUCGUAUUUUGCUCUCUGCAGCAGCAACGCAGAGGAGUGCUGCGGAAAGUAGAGCGCGCCAUGCUGUUGAAGCCGAAGUGAGAGAGCUCAGCACAAAUCAAACUCCACAACAGCAGCAAGAAGCAUACGUGAAGGCCCAGCAGAAGGCGCUUGCCCUACAGCGGCAGGAGCACCCAAGUGUUGACGAGUCGGUAGCAAGAGAGGAGGCACGAGCGACUGCUGCUGCUGCAGCAGCCGCUGCUGCCUCUGCAGCGAUAGCCCAAGCUCAGUGGCCUUCACGUCAUAAGCUUCGGCAGCAGGAACUUGAACAGAUGCACCGCCAAGAAGAAAAGGAGAAACAAUGCUUAUCUUCGGGCUCAGCGCGCAGUAGAGAACAGCAACCGUCAGGGAUCCGAACACCUUCGAGAGCGAGAAACAGUGAUACCACAACUCCAGAGGCACAGAAGCAAACGCCUGAGAAGACCUUCGGAAGAAGUACAUUUGCGCUGCGAAAGAAAGAGGAGGCACCCACCACUGCAGCACCAAAGACUAAAUAUGCUGCUGCGAAAUUGCAAAAUCAGCCUCCUGUUAAGUGCCCGUGGCCGACUAAACGUCGACCAUCUGGCCAGCCCACAAGCACGAGGCUAAAACAGCUAUCUGCUCAAGAACGGUUACAGCGAACCUCCACGGGGGCAAUUCCAGAUACAGGAAAUAACAUGGAUUAUAUGGAUGGAACUUCACAGGCCUCUGGUGACGAAGAGGAUGCGCCGCCCUUCAACCCGCUAGAUGAGGUGUUGGUGCUGCUGAGAAAGCUAAAGAGAGAUGAAAACUACUCAGUCAAAAUAUCGCGUAACAAGCGCGGUGCUGCCAAGGGCACUAGGAAAGAUGGAAGCAAGCAGGAAUCUGUACAGGCAUUUUCAGCAGUUGCCGAAAGCGUCUGCAGCAACACCAGGGCCAGCGAUCUCAGUGGAAAGAUACUGACUGGCCUGGGGCCUUCCGAGCCAAGCCACGCUCAUGAACAGUACGAAGGGAACCCUUUACAGUAUGUGCUACCAAGGCUGAAGUACCUUCCACUGGAAGCCUUUGACAUCCCUGAAGAGUAUGGUGAGUCAUCGCCUGAAGCUUUAUUGCAGCGCUGCCGCCUUGAAUGCCAGAAGCGGCGUCUUCAAAGGUCCCGCAGCGCGCGGUCCCCUGCAUCGUUCGAUACAGUCUGCAAUGCUGAUGCCUGCACUCUUCCCGAGCCAGUCGGAACCUCCCCCUGCGUUCCCAGUGAGGAUGCACUGAAAGUGCAACGGCUGCCCAAAGAGCACGAAGUAAUGGAAUUUGCCCCCCAGAAGCCCGGCACGCUCACAACAGGCGAAGCAGCGAGGAAGGACAUUGAUCAACAGUGUGUAUCGUCGCACAAGUCAGAGUUAUCCGAGGAAAAGCGAGCCAUUUUAGGGGCAGAAGACUCUCCUGUUAAGCAUACUACCGGCAGGGCAGUAGCCCAGUUUUCCAAAGAUAGGAUACAAGGAAACGCAGCAAUUUCUGCUGGCGAUGAUACCGACGGUGAAGCUGAGGCGGAAGUCCUGCACUUUGUGGGUAACAGCUGGACCCACAUUCCUUGCGUAGUUCUCCGCUACAAUCACGAACAAAAUAGAUUUGAGGUGAAGCUCCGAGACGGAACGCUUAAGGCUGUCCGGCGGCUGGCCCUCCGCUUUUGUUUCGAGCCUCCUCAGCUCCAACAACAGCGUAUUGAAACUUGCACAAGCAGGCGGCGGCAAGCGCUGACCCGCCAGCACUUCCUUAACUCUGUCAACGGACUACCAUCCUCAGCCUUUUCCCCGCUCCCUCAAAGCUUCAUUUCUUGCAUCAUCAAAACAGCUACUGGGGUUGGCCGACUACGGAACCGCUCCGUCUUUAUGGAUUCCCUUCGUUCAGCAGUAUCACAUCUUAAAACACGCUUCCUUGAAGCAUCAAAGCUUAGCGCUGUGCUGUACUGUGCCGAACGCCUGCGGGUGGCAGGCAAGCUUGAGUCGCGUCUGGUGAAUUACCCUCUUCAGCAGAAACACCAGCAGCUGCUGCAUAUGAAUGAAGAAAGCCAGGAGGGGGAGGAGAAUAGGGAGCAGGCGCCAUUACUGCAGGUCCUCCAACCGAUGCUCCCGGCGCCUCCGCCAGCCCUUGGUAGGCUGGACAUAGGCGUCGUGGGAGCAUUUGAAGCUGCACUGGCGCCGCUACGCAGAAAGCCACUCUUUGCAAAUAACAAGACUUUCAGAAUUCCGGAUCCAGACAAGUAUCUUUCAUACCAGCAGGCGCUGUCAUCCGACGUUGCUGACGCCCUUCGCGAGCUUGGAAGGGACUCUUUAUGCCACGCCUUUAUCAGCGCCUUUGGUCCUUUGCAUACAGCAGCAGCGUCUGCACCCUAUGCAACGGCUAACAUGGUAGGGGUAGCAGGUUCAGCAGCUACCUCUUCGCCCGUUUCAAACAGCGUGGCAACAGCUCUUCCAGAUUUGUUCCUGCGCCGGCAGCUCAUUCGGUUCAACGCCAUGCUGCGGAGCAAGUUGCUAUCAUUUGUAAUUGAUUCCGCAAAUGAGUGGAAGCAUUACAUGCUGCGGGCCGUGGAGGAGAAGCUUGACCCCCAGGUGGAGGCAAUUCUCCGUCAAGCGCUGUUGACAAUGGUGGAUGCUAUCGCUACAAUCAACAAGUUAGAUGCAGAUAUAGUGCCGUUCGCGGCUUCUUCGGAUGAGCCACUGCUGCAUCUUUCCCUAGAGGAGCCUUUUUUAGCCGAAGCCGAGAAGGCAAUGGUUUCUGCAGUGCAGGCUUCUUUUGCAGUGGCAGAGGAAUUGCGUCAGCAGCUUGAGGAAGUGGCUGCUGCCCUGUGUGGUGCUGCGGAACUGCCCGUUGAUACAAGUGGAACGGUAAACUUGCAACAACUACAGGCCGACUUGCAACAGUGUAAAGAGGCCGAAAAUCGGCUUCGGAAGUUGUCUCCUCGGAUUGCAGCCAGAAUACUUUUUGUGGAUGGUGAGAAGGCCAGGGCAACGCUUCUAUCCAAAGUACAGAUACUCAAGGACCAAAUGUGCAACCAGGCCUUGGCGUGGGCGGAGAGGGAGAUUAACGACCUCCACGAGGCGUGGGCAGAGGCAUUGGGGAGAGCAUCAUUGGUUCCAACGAGCGAACAAGAGUUAAUUGAACUGAAGAAGUACCUGGCCAUAGUUCACCAGGAGACAGCCCCUUUGAUUACGAGAGGUCAAAGACUCUCCAAUCUUAUAGAACGCCUUGAAGAAAAUUUUGUAUUUGCUUCACUAAGGGUGCAGAAGCAGGCGUUUGAACUCGACUGCUGCCCGAUGAGGCUUAAGAUGGCUCUCUGCGAGACGAAUGGCAUUCUUGAUCUGGCGAAAGAAAGAAAGAGUGAACUUGCGUGUGAGACGGGGCAUGUCAAAAUUGUUUCUCUUUUCCAUGAAUAUCUACGGAUGCAGCUAGAAGCGAGAAGGCAAAUAAGCGCUCAGCAGUUGCAGACAGAAUCUGAGGCGUUGCGCGUCGAAGUGGACACAGCAGCUACCAUGUUCAAGCACAUAGAAGAGUCCGCCACCUAUCUACCAGUUCUGGAGAAGCUGAGCCAGCGCGUCCAAGCUGCUCGAUUGGAAGUGGAUAACUUGCGUAAAGCAGAGGGGCUCUUUGGUCUUGAGGCUUCGGAGUUUGAAGAGCUUGAAGGUGUUUGCGUUGUUUUCGACCGGCUUUAUGAGCUUUGGACUGCCGCGAGCAGCUUCAUAACGGGUCGAGAAGAAUGGCAAGCCACUUCAUUAGCUCGCCUGGACUGUGACGAAGUGGAAGAACAGUUACAGCAGUGGCGGCAGGUGGCCUUGUCUACGCGAAGGGUGGCCGGCGUUUUCCGAUCGGUCGAGCCUUUGCAGGCAUGCGACAAGCUACUUCAAGCCAUCGCUUCCUUCCAGAAGAUGCUACCCCUGAUGAAAACCCUGACACACCCGUCGUUUCAGCCGAAGCACUGGCAAGAACUUGCUGCGAGACUGAAUAUCGACACAUAUGGAGAGGAUGAAGCCAUAUCUCUCAAUACCCUUCUCCUGAAAGGAUUGCCAGAGGCCACACAAGCUGUCGAAGUCAUUGGUUCUGCAGCCAUGCGGGAGUUCCGCACAAAAGCAUGCUUUCAAAAGAUGCGAGGAGCAUGGCGGGCACUUCGUAUGGAGUUGGUGACUCUCGGAAAUGAGGAGUUAGGCCGCAAAAUGCUCAAAGGCUUUGAUGCAGUGAACUCGCUGAUAGAAGAACACCAAGCAAGUGUGCAAAGUCUGCAGGCUUCGCAGCUUGUUGGUGGCAUAGAGGUGCAAGCACGAGAAUGGCUUCGGAAGCUAAGUGACCUCGAAACAUUAUGCAGUCUCUUAGAAGCGUGCCAGGUGUCGUGGGUAUAUUUGACACCAAUUUUCGACUACCCGGAAAUGCAGCAGCAACUUGCUAAGGAAGCCCAAAUACUCAACGCUGUAGGAAACCUGUGGAAGGAGGAGGUUGUUGGCCGGCUUGACGACAAUGCAAGCCUACUAGAUCUGGCGGAGCUUGAAGAACUACCUCAAAAGCUGCGUUUAGCUUGUAGUGAUAUGCAACUCGUCGUGCGGGGCCUUAACGAGUUCUUGGAGAAAAAACGUCUCGCCUUCCCGCGGUUUUUCUUCUUGUCCAACGAGGAGCUCGUGCAGCUUUUGGCCGGUGCUAGCAACGUCGAAGCGCUUGGACCGCAUGUCCAAAAGUGCUUUGAGGGCAUCCACUCGUUGGACUUUGACCAGCAGUCCAAGGAAGCAAACGUCGUUUUUUCACACAGGGAAGAAGCCCUUCCUCUCCUGACACCAGUGAGGCUUGUAAAGGACGGACAAUCCGCCUGUAUUGAAGACAUAUUUUUAUCCAUCGAACGCGAAAUGUGCGCGGCUCUCCAACAGGCAAUGCAGAACGCGUGGGAAGAAUUCCCUUCAGCUCAAAGCAGACUGGCGUGGACUACGGAAAUAUGCGCUUGCGCCCAGGCUGCUCUGGCCAUAGCGCAUUGCUGUUGGACUGCCCAGGUAGAGACAGCCAUCCUACAACACCAGCUGCCGCAGCUAGUCAAGGACUUGCAACAUCAGUUACAACAGGUGCGUCGCUCAAGUUCUUAUUGGAUAUCACAUACAACCAGCGUUUCUGGUGGCGUCUUAGUGGUCAUCUAUCUAUGCUCGGCUAGCCUGAGACUGCCUGCAGGUAGUCCAGGCAGAUUCCUUGUGGGGGGGAGAGGACCUAAAAAAGGGGGAAGUCGUGGGAACUGUGGCAGCCUGCAGCUUUCAAUGGUAGAGAGUAGUCUAUACUAUGGCUUCGAAUUGCUGCGUAGCCCGGACCGUCUGGUGGUAACACCGCUUACAGAUCGCUGUUACCGCACAUUAAUGACGGCACUGCACUACCAGUACGGGGGGGCCCCAGAGGGCCCGGCGGGGACAGGGAAGACGGAGACCACUAAGGACCUUGCAAAGGCUGCAGGAAAGCCCUGUCUUGUUUUCAACUGCAGCGAGGGUCUAGAUGCCGCAGCGAUGGCGGCGUUGCUGAAAGGUCUUGCAGCCAGUGGCGGCUGGUGCUGUUUUGACGAGUUUAAUAGGCUUCAGUUGGAUGUCCUGUCUAUAGUUGCAUUGCAAAUUUCAGCAAUUCAGCAAGCUAUCAGAAGAAAGGCCAUAACGUUUGUCUUUGAAGACACGGACCUUCAGCUUAAUCCAACCUGCGCAAUCAACAUCACUAUGAAUCCUGGAUAUGCUGGGCGUUCAAUCUUGCCAGAUACACUCAAGGCCCUGUUUCGACCUUGCACCAUGAUGGUCCCUGAUGCCGCCCUGAUUGCCGAAGUCAUGCUGUACUGCAGCGGUUUUCAGGAUGCCUUUAAGCUUUCAAAGAAGAUGGUCACUUGUCUCCAGCUAGCAUCUGAGCAGCUUGCAAGGCGCAGCCAUUAUGACUUCGGAAUGCGGGCCGCUGUAGCCGUCUUGAAUACGGCAAAGCAUCUAUUUCUAGAACAGCUCAAGCCUUCGACGGAGAAUGCUCCUAGCCCUGCAAAAACCGGCUGUUUUCAGAACGAAGAGUCGCCAACUCGGCUUGAAGCAAAGACACUCUGCAAGGCCUUGCGGCUAACAAACAUCCCAAAACUUCACCCCACAGACAAACUAAUAUUUGAGGAAAUAUUGAAAGAUGUUUUUGACGAGGGUGACCUUGCGGCAGCCGAAUCGGAGGAGUCACUACGACCGUUUUUGAGAGAAGCAGCAGAACAAUUGUUGCUUGAGCCGUCAGAGGAGCUCCUAGCAAAGAGCUUGCAGGUUCUAAAUACCCUGGAGCACCGUCAUGGACUGAUGCUCGUCGGCUCCUCGGCGACGGGAAAAACUUCGGCAGUUAAAUGCCUUGUACUUGCGCUGGAACUACAGCAAGCAGCAGCUGCAGCGUUAGCGGCACCACUGAUCAACGGACGCAACGAAACCAACGGUGAAGUUGAUCUCGGCAACGGCCCCAGCAUGGUUCCCGAAUAUGCUUACUGCACGAAUGAAACAGCAAAACAGAGUCACUGCGGAUGCAAGGCUGUCAGACCUAGGUGUAUCGCUCAUCGGAUUUUCCCUAAGGCCCUCGUCGUCGAGGAGCUAUACGGUUCACUGGACCCAACUACACGCGAGUGGAGGGGCGGCGCCUUAGAGCAAGCAGUUCGGGAAGCCUCACUGGAACGGGAUAGUAACGUUCGGCGCUGGAUUAUCCUAGAUGGCCCAGUGGAUGUAGGCUGGGUUGAAAACCUGAAUACAGUACUUGAUGACAACAAGAAGUUGUGCCUAAGUAGUGGGGAGGUCAUACUUUUAUCGCCGCAGACGGCGAUGCUCUUUGAAGUGACGGAUUUACGUUGCGCCUCGCCUGCAACGGUUUCUCGCUGUGGAAUGGUGUAUAUUCAUCAAGAUGCGCACCAAUGGAAGAGUCUUUUGCACUCCUGGAGCCUUCACUCGUCUACUGCAAAGCUCCUUGGUGAUGAUGUUGUAAGAGACGUUGCGCAGACUAUGCGCGAGUGCUGCACCGUCUGCAUUGCCUUUCUUGCCAAGUGCAAUGGAGGGCCCCUGAACAUUUCGCCUAGUUGGAUGGUCCUGAAUGUGCUAAGGCUCUUUGAUGCCCUCGUCGCGCAGAUUGUAGAGCCAGCGCAGAGAGGAGAAGGUACGGUGGCCGAUUUGCUUGAGCAGUCACUGGAGGGUGCAUUGGUAUUUGCCUUGCUGUGGGGCGCUGGUGGCACUCUGUCCGUCUCUGAACGGCCUGCCUUUGACGUGGCCUUCCGCAACCUGCAUAGUGGUCGUUUUGAUGCAUUGGAACAAAUGGGUCUCCUGACUGAAUGGCACGCCUCCGGAGAAGACGAUAUGGGCCAAAGACAAACACACAAACAAGUCCGACGUUUCAAUCAUCAUAUUCCUCCAACGGGAAGCUGUUUUGAUGUAUUUUGGGACGUUCAGCAGAAGAAAUGGCACCCAUGGGCAUCGCUGCCCAUGCUUCCAGAUGUGCGGAAGGGUGCCGCUAUGACAUCAGCCGCUUUGCAGCACGUUCUAAUAGAGACUCCAGAGACAGCUCUACUCAAUUACUUCUUAGGCCUUGUUGCUGCCCCUGGAAAAGCACCCUUCCUUUUAGUUGGAGAGGCAGGUGGCGGCAAAAGCAAGUGUAUGAACCAAAUGUUACAGGGGAUGGCCGUGGAGAGCCAAAAAAAGUUGAUCCAGCAGCUGAGAAACCAGGAAGGAUCCGCUGCGCAGCCGAUACGAAAAGCCUUGAUGUCGGAGCCUGAAGGCCUGCCUGUGGAAGCCAACAGCAAAUCAGAUGCGUUCGCGUUCCUGGCCCUUUCUCUUUCUGGUGCAGCAACCCCCACUGCUGUGCAGCAGUGGUUAGAGGGCAGAUUGGAGAAGUCCCACAGUGCGGGUCUGCGACCGGUUGGCUUCCGACGUUGUGUUCUUUUGCUCGAUGACGUCCACUUGCCCCCAACAGAGGAAUCAGGGGCUCAACCGGUAGGCGAGCUCGUACGGCAGCUGCUGGAAUACGGCGGAUGGAGCAAAGGAGGAGUGUGGAAAUUCCACCCCGUUGAAGGACUGACGCUAACAGCGACACGCCGCACUCCACAGCAGCAGCAGCAGCAUAAUGAGCGCCUGGCUAGGCACUUCUUCCCACUCACGGGUGUGCCAUAUUCCACAGAGUCCCUGCAGACAAUUUUGAGCCAGCUACUGUUAAUCCGUUUCGACAGCUGCGCGGAGCCGGUAGUCGAGGGCCUUAAAAAAGUGUCCGUACUAACUGCUCAUCUCUACAGACAGGUUCAGCAGCGGCUGCCUCUGCGGCCAUCUCGUUGGAUGCAGCAAUGGACUCCAAGGGACUGCUGGCGGGUUGUGCAAAGACUUGGGUUCUUAAACCCUGUUGGCCUUCAGUCUCAGCACCAACUGCUCUGUUGUUGGCUCCACGAGGUGCGUAGGGUUUUUGAGGAUAAGACAGCCAACGCGCCGGACUUGGACAUUCUCUCAGGAUGCAUCAGUGGGCUUUUGAGAGAAACAGCAGGUUUCACUCUAGCCGAUUUGGAUCCGCCCAAGCAAGGCCCCUUACUCUUUGCAUUUCGAGAGCCUGAAGCUGGAGCUGCUGCCGGAACAGGGCAGGCAACAACAGCUGUAGAGGACUGUAUCUUGGGAACAAGAGUAUAUGAGCGCGUCACGCAAGUUGAAGCUCACGAGAUGUGCGCAGCUGCCCUUGAGGAAUAUUCUCUGCUGCAUCCAAACGAGCCCUUGUCCCUGGUUCUCUUUCCUCAAGCCGUUGAACAUGCACUGAGAUGCAUGAACACAUUCCUUCAACCACAAGGCCAUAUGCUGCUUCUGGGGGUUGGUGGGUCUGGGCGCCGGUCGUGCGCUCGCCUGGCAGCAUUCCUAGCAGGUUUUGGGGUAGUCGAGUGCCACGGAGUGUCCCAUUCUCUGGCGAUCAGUGAGUGGCAAGAAGACAUUAAGAGCACAAUUUUGGCUACCGGCGUGCUAAAGAAGCCCCAGCUGCUUCUAGUGCCGGCUGAGCAUCUUGCGCACGACGGUGUUGCAGCACACGUUUGCACCAUGCUUCAACUCAAGGAAAUACCGGAAGUAUUCACUCCUGAUGAGAAGGCAGAAGCUAUAAGUGCCUUGAGGGUUAAGCCUCCUAGUACAGCGGGAGGAAGCAGUGGCGGACCAGUUCCUGCGCAAAGCGAUGCUGAUGGGACGCUCGUUGCGACACCCAGCAUAGAGCUCUUAGCAGCUGAGUGCCGGCAACGACUCCGCAUUUGCGUAUAUUGCAGCCCCAGCGACCCCCAGACACAGGUUCUCUUCAGGAGAUUCCCGGCCCUGACCAGCUGCUGCAUGCUUAAUUACUUUUGGAGUUGGUCAUCGCAGGCCUUGUACUCGGUUGCACAGCAGAAGCUGUUAUCAGUGUCCGCGCCGCUGCAACAGCAUGACAGUGCCUUCCCAAGCGUGCAACAGGCGGAAUUUGCACCUAAAUCAUCGCAGUCGCAUCCUUCUGCAGACUCCGACGAAAGCGUUAAACACCUUUGUGGGGCUUGCGCCGAUAUUUUUGAGUCAACGAGAGACAUCGCUGCCUGUUAUCGAGAAGAGCAGCGACGGUUUUUUUACGUCACUCCAGCCUCCUUUCUUCGGUUUUUAGACGGUUUUUGUUACGUGUUUCUGACGCGAGCCUCCCAGCACCAUCGUCAGCAACAACAGUACGAGCUUGGCUUGCAAAAGCUGCACGAUGUGAGCUUGCAAGUCAUGGAAAUGCAGCAGCAGCUUGAAAAGCUCCAGCCGGAGCUAGCAAAGUCAUCAGUGGAGACACAACAGCUUAUGCAGGUCUUGACGGUCAAGCAGGAGCAUGCUGCAACUACCAUGAGCCUCGUGGAAGCCGAAGAGAGGGAAUGCAAGACCCAAGCUGAUGCAGCUGCCGCUGUCGAACGCGAAUGCCAAGACCACCUAGCUGAAGCCAUGCCUGCAUUGCUAGCAGCCGAAGAAGCUCUUAAGAAGCUAAGCAAAGCAGAUAUUACUGAGCUUAAGAGUAUGAAGGCUCCCCCAUCUGGCGUGGUCAAGGUUAUGGAGGCCCUUUGCAAGCUAUUUGGAGUUCCGCCAAUUUUCGUUCAGGUCUCGCCCUCGCAGCCCCGCCAACCAGACUACUGGCAGACAGGGAAGAAACACUUGCUUGGCAGCAGCCGGUUCCUUCAGCGUCUGCUUAACUUUGACAGAGAUACUAUAGCCCCGAAUGUCAUGGCCGCCAUUGCCCCAUAUGAUGAUGACGCGGACUUCGACCCAGAAAUCGUCAACAAAGCUUCAGUGGCAGCCACAAGUCUCUGCCUGUGGGUAAAGGCACUAAUCGCUUAUGACAGGGCAAACAACGCAGUACGGCCUCGCAGAGCAGCACUUCAGCAGGCACAGAGUGAGCUGCACGCCGCCGAGGCAGUGCUGCACAACAAGAAGGAGGAGCUGUUGCAGCUUGAAACUCUUAUCGCGCAGUUGUCUCAGCAGUACCAGCAGGCUCUCCAAAGGUCAGAGACGCUUCAGCAAGAGGCACAGACUUGCGAGAGACGCUUGUCUGUGGCUGAAAAGCUUAUCGCCAGUUUAGGGGGUGAACGCGUCCGGUGGAGCCAGAGCCAGGAACUCCUAAAGAGCAAAGUGGCACGAGUAACGGGAGAUGCAACCUUGAGCGCUGCCUUCGUAGAAUUCGGCGGCAUUUUCCGUCCCUCUUACAGAGUCAGAUGCCUCACAGCAUGGCAACAGGCACUGAAGAAGUUCGGCCUGCAAAGCACGCCUUAUUAUUCCCUGCAGGACGCACUCACCAGUCCGCAGGAAGUGCAGGAAUGGCUUAUGCAAGGGCUCCCGGAUGACGAACUCUCCGUAGAAAAUGCGGCCAUCACACUUAAUGCGCAGUGCUGUCCUAUGCUCAUCGAUCCACACCAGCAGGCGGCGAACUGGUUAGCCUACACUUUCCCUGAGAUGAAGGUGCUUCGGGCUGAAGAGCCCAAUCUUCUGAGGUCACUGCAACUCCUCAUUCAGUGCGGAGCGACGGUGAUUCUUGAGUGCUUCUCUGAGCGGCUAGACCCUGCUCUAAACAAUUUGCUGGAGUGGAAGCGGCCGCGGAGAAUCGCGGCCUCCUUUGAAAGCCCUACUUCGGUGGACACUGCCCACACUGAGCUGGAGGGAAGCGCAUCUUCCAGUGUUGCCCUAGGCAGUGCUCUUGUGGAAGUGCACCCCGAAUUCCGCUUGCUGCUAAAGACCCCACUAAAUGCUCCGCAUUUUCCUCCGGAAGUCUGCUCUAGGCUUACCCUCAUUGACUUUUCUGUGGGAUGCAAAGGUCUAGAACAACGACUGCUGCGACUUGCACUUCAAGCUGCUGCCCCAGAUAUUCACGCAACUUGCUUGCGUCUUGUUCACGAGGGUGCAGAAACUCGUGCGCAACUUGUGUCUGCGGAACAGCGCAUGCUUGAAGCCCUGAGCAACGCCAAAGAGAGCGUCCUAGAUGAUUUGGAGCUUCUUAGUACGCUUCGCCAUGCAAAGGCCGUCUCCGAAAGCUGCAGUGAAAGACUUCAAGAACAACAAAAAGCCCAGGCUGCUGCCGAUGCAACACUCUCGGUCUAUUCGCCUGUCGCCCGGCGGGCAGCUAGCCUAUUUGAAGUACUACAGCAACUCGAAAGCGCUCAUCCCAUGUAUCUCUUCAGCGUUCAGAUCUUCCAACAGUGUUUCGUCGACGCUGUUUUGGAAGUCCUAGGAAGACCGGAUGCGGGCUCAAGACAGCAAGAUGUUUCUCUCUACACGUCUGACUUAGUAGGGGCAACGUUACGGAGAGUAUACGGCAGUAUUAACCCGUGCCUUUUCGAGAGUCACAAGCCACUACUACCGGUCCUCCUUGCCUUGCAAUCUCUUCAACUUAGAGGGGCAACUACACACGAGGAAAUGCAGCAGUUGCAAGCACCAUUUGUUCUGCCGCAUAGCGUGGACGAGACGGCAAAUAAAAGCCGCGACUCCUCUUCAGCAGCACCGAAGGCCGUGGAUGCCUCAUGGCUGUCAACAAGCUCUCGCGAAAAACUCGAGGGCCUUCGUCGCCUCGGAGAGCCAUUCAGCUCCCUUGUCUCCUCAGUUUUGGAAGGGGACGGUGAUUGGGAAGCCACACUCUAUGAGGAGAACCCUUUAGCUAGCGACUGGCCCGACUGCUGGAACGAGCGGCUCUCACUACUGCAGCAGACCCUUUUAGUUCAAUGCAUAAGGCCCGAAUGCCUUCGAAGUUGCCUACAGCAGGUUUCACAGGCUGAGCUAGGCACAGUUUUGGGAGAGGUAUCCCCAUUGGGUCUCGGCGAAGCCCUAGAAUCGGCUGGAUCAAAACGCCCCCUCCUCAUUAUACUUGGACCCGGAGCAGACCCCCAAGAAGCGCUAUUACAACAUGCCGAAGAAACGCAUAUGCGCAACAAGUUCGUUUCAGUUGCCAUGGGCAAAGGGCAAGGUCCAAAAGCAGCUGCUGGUGAGGAUGCGGUACCCCCGAUGUACUGA